AUGUACAGUUCACAGCCUCAAACAAUUCAAGAGAAGAUUACAGAAUACGAGUCCUUUGUCAAUGAUAAAUUAAAAAUAGACUUGAAGACGACUCUGGAUUUGAGAGAUGAGGUGUAUGAACAGCUUUCCGAGUAUUUGAAAUUGAAACGUCAGAUUCAACUGAUUCAAGAAAACAGUCUCCAUAAAAUGAAGACGAUGGUUGAUCUGGGGUCUAAUUUCUACGUACACGCAAAAAUACCUGAUACCUCAUACAUAUACGUUAAUGUGGGAUUUGGAUUCCACGUGCAGUUUACGUUGGAUGAAGCAAUCGAGUUUAUAAACAAAAAAGAGAAACUCUUGGAAAGAAAGGCAGAUCAGUAUUCAAAGACAGCUGCAAAGAUCAACGCGCACAUUGCAAUGGUAUUAGAAGCAAUAAACGAAAUAUUAAGUUUGAAAGAUGAUAAAGACAAGAAUACGAACACAUGA